CAUAAACAUUGAAUGAUCAACAGAACCCUGGAUUUUUUAUUACUAGUAUUAGAAUAGAUUGAUGAUUAAAUCUUAUAUUUAUCUUUAAUCUUAGUCUUAGUACUCUUAGUUAUAGUUAUAUACUCAGUAUACUGCUGUGAGUGUGACUUGACUCGACUAAGACUUGAGUGGAUUAUAAUUAUUUCCAUUUGAAUGAUAUUUUAUAAUUUUUGGUAGAUCAAGAUCUAUCAUCAAAAAAAUAUUUUAAAAAAAUUAAAUUCUCAAUUGGUUGUGUUUAGGAUAAAUCACAAGAGAAAGGAAAUACCAGCAAAGCUUAAGUAUGCGUGAAUAUAAGCUGGUUGUUUUAGGCAGCGGUGGUGUUGGCAAGAGUGCCCUGACUGUGCAAUUUGUUCAAGGUAUUUUCGUAGAAAAAUAUGACCCAACAAUAGAAGACAGUUAUAGGAAGCAAGUGGAAGUAGAUGGUCAACAAUGUAUGCUAGAAAUUUUAGACACAGCUGGCACAGAACAAUUUACAGCAAUGCGAGAUCUGUAUAUGAAAAAUGGCCAGGGUUUCUUGUUGGUCUAUUCAAUAACUGCACAGUCUACCUUCAAUGACCUUCAAGAUCUCAGAGAACAGAUUCUCAGGGUGAAAGACACAGACGAUGUUCCAAUGUUAUUAGUUGGCAACAAAUGUGAUCUUGAAGAUGAGCGUGUUGUUGGCAAAGAUCAAGGACAGAAUCUGGCUAGACAAUUUCAGUGUGCGUUCCUAGAAACCUCAGCGAAAAUGAAAAUAAAUGUUCUAGAGAUAUUCUAUGAUCUAGUCCGUCAAAUAAACAAGAAAAACCCAGGACCAGGCCGACAGAAGAAAAAAAAGAGUGGUUGCAACUUACUUUGAGUUCCGAAGAGGUUUAUGCUUAAACAAAAUGAUGGCAGGCUUUAAAAAACAACUAUUUCUUUCCACUUGAAGAAUGUUGAUGGCAGAGUAGCACCAAAUGUUUUCGUUAUAUGGCAGUGUAAAAACAAAUAGAACCAAUAUCUCAAGGUUAUUUCGUUAAAUGGUUUCCUGUUCCCGUUGUAUUAGUCUCCCCUUCAAAGCCAUCAAUCUUUAUAGCCUGGACCAUUUCCACCAGUGUUUGGUAGUUCUUGAAUAUUUAUUUUUUGCAGCUGUUAGGGCUAUGACAGUGUUAGCAGACGAGAUGAAUUGCGAUAAAGCUUUGUUUCUUUCUCACUUUUAUUCCAGUACACAAUUGAGAUUUUUGUGAUGAUCGCUACAGCACUAUUCAUACCACUUCCUUUAGUGGGUUCAUUGAAGAUACAAUGUAAUAUAUUCAAUUUUAAUUUAUUUUUUGUUAAAGAUUUGCAAAUCAUCAAGACAUCUGUAGUUUUUUUUUUUUUUUUUAAAUCUAUCUAGGUUGUUUUUUUUUUUAAGAGAUUUUUUUUUUUUUUUUUGAAGCAUGUGAAAAAAAAUUUAAUCAGUUUUUCAGUCACUUGUUUGAUUGUAAUCAAAUGCAUGCCAUUAGGAUAGUGCUUAGUCACUGAGAUCCUUGAAACAAUUUAUAACUGAAUUGCUAAUUAUUUUUAUUCUGGCUUUUUUUUUUCUUUUUAAAUUUGCUUCAAAUGAUUAUCUUUGAUUUCAAAGUGAACUUACUUGCAUUUCUAACAUAUUUUUUUGUUGUUAAAUUUUUUCUAAAGAUGAAAUGGAAUAUUGAUUAGUUUUGUAUUGUCAGCUUUUAUUCUGUUUUUCUUUUGAACUUUUCAUAAACAGUGCUGCUAGGCUAGGUUUUUUAAACAUAAACUCUACAUUCUACUGAAAUCAUUGCAAUUGAAUUUUGUAUUAAUUUAAAAUACAUUAAAUGCGUUGAAGAGAGUUAUGUUGAACAAUUUGACCACUCUAGUUGAAAAGUUAAACUAAAUAUUAAAUGGAGCAGUUCACCCUGGCAAUAGGAAAGUUAUAACAAAUUGGGCAUUUUGACAUCCAUUAGCCAUUAAGAUACAAUAAUGGAUUUCCGGUUAUGACAAGGGACCAACCAACGAAGAACAUGUGGUUCAGCAAUUUGUUUAUGGUACUGACAAUACUAUUUAUGUCAGUCAAGAGUAUAGAUUAACUCUCUUAUUUGCAGUAACAGAGUUGUGGAACAUAAACACAUUUUCAUUUGCUAGAGUCUGCAGUAUUAUUUGAAGCCUAAUUUAUUGAAUUUUUUUUGCCAGAGAAAUGUCAUUCAUGUUAAUCUUUCUUCUCGAGAACUGUCCUGCAAUAGUAAUUAUUUAUAUGAAUAUCAUCUGAUAAUAUUAACGAUGUAUUGUUUAAUUGUUAAGUCAGUUAUGGUUUGUCUUUUAUUUUUUAUUAAUGCACUUUGGCUGUUCAUGAUUUAAAAAAAAAUUUUGUUAAUAUUUUGCCCUUGGAGAACAACACACUGUAUUAUUCACCUUUUUUUUUUCCCCCUCUUCCUCACAUAGAAAAAAAAAAGAAGUUAUGUUUUUGUCAAUUUUGAUGCAAGAAUUUUCUUUUUUUUUAAAUUUGAUUCUUAACUUUGCUUAUAGCCACUUGUCCAGGUCAUAGUCAUUUGUGAACAGCCUUUUUUUUAUUGUUCUAAAAAAUUUUUAUCCUGAGAUUACUGUUGUUGUGACAAGUAUACUUGAAAUAUUGUUGUCUAAACACAUUUCUUUCAUUUAAAAAAGAAACAUAACUUGAUUUAAAUUGGCAAGUAGUUGUUUAACUCUAUAAACAGCCCUACCAUUGAACACAAUCUGAAAAUGUAUUUAAUUUUUUUUUUUCUUUUUGUUGUAAAUAUUGUUUAGAUCUAUGCUGUACAUUCUUCAUUAGUUGUGCUUUAAGGGGAGAGCAUGAAGGCUGUGUGGUAGCUUAGACAAGGCACCACAUACACACACACCACAUGCAUACGCUGUUGGUUCAUUCUGUACAUUUUGGGGAAGUUGUGGACAAGUCCUUGCAAUAAUCUUUUGACUUAAUGACAGUUAACCGUGUAACCAUUCAUACGAUUGUAUUUACAGACAUAGUCACUAUAUAAUUCAAGUUAUUUUGUUUAGUUGGUUUGAAAUUCAACUUUUAUUUAUCCUACUAGAAGACUGUUUUGACAGACUUGUUAAAGCUUGCAAUUGUAUUUGGCUCAAAAAUGUGUUUUCUAUAAUUAACCCAUUAACAAAGUAGUCUAAGUAAAGGUUAGCUCUUUGUUCAUUAUAUCUUUUGCUUCUAAAGUUGUACAGUUUCUCUCCAAUCACUAUGUCUACACUGAUCACAGUUGAUGGACGCUUUAUUCAAAUAAAGGAGACAUUUUUGAAAACAUCAA